AUGGAUAUCUCGGACAAGGACCUCCAGGAUGAGGCUUCAAGUAGUGCCACUUCAACUUCCGCUAGCCACGAUGAAGGCUUUACAACAACGCAACUACCUGAUCCAUACUCGACGCCUGGGACUCUUGCUACGGAUAUUCCAUUCCAUGACCGAAAGUGGGAACGGCUUCGGCGACAUUACAAUGAUCAGUAUCUGGAGCUAUUCAAGAAGACCUUCCAGGCUAAGGAGGAGGACAGUUCGCCCGACAAUUUCACUGCUACACAGCUGGGAGCCGUAAUCUGGGAAUCAGAGGAGAAGGACCGACUCUUCGAUGCCCUACGCCGCAAAGGUCGUCAUGAUCUACAAACUAUCUCAAGACUGGUCGGCUCGAAAUCCGAAGUCGAAGUCAAGGCAUACCUGGACAGUCUUCUACAACAGGAAACCGACCGACAAUUAUUUGAAGCUCAACCAAGAAAUCUCUCGCAUGCUGAGAUUCCCGCUUCCUUUGAGAUCGGCCCUGACUGUGAAGCUGUACUUGAUCAGGCCGCAGAAGCACUAGGAGCAUUCCAAGAGCAGUAUGACUUUGCUGUUGCGCAGCGCAACAAUCCAAUAUGGUUGAUCGACGGCGUCACGGCUGCAAAGCUCGAUGAGAAGGCCGAUGGCAGAGAUUCCACCAUUGAUCUGGAAGAUGAUUCCGAUGGCGAAGACGUUUCAUGGGCUGGAGAGGCAUGUCAACUCUUUCACCUUUCAAAGUUUCUGACCCUUAGCGAGCGGCUCUUUAUGAAUUCGGGCCAUGUCCACAGUACCACGUGGCAUCAAGUUGUUGAAGAUGGCCAACGUCCGGCAAUGACUUUAGAUUCUGUGGAGGAGAUGUUCAACUUGGUUACGAGCUUUACCAGGCGACUGGUCCAGGCUUGCAUCUUCAUGGCGAAAUCUCGGAUUCGUUCAUCUAGGUCGGGCCAAUCCAGGCGAGGUGGCCUAAUCAGAAACGAAGAUAUUUCUGCCGCACUCGCUGUGCUAGGAGUCAAGUCCAGCUGGGGAAACUUCUGGGUCAAAGUUGCGAGGAGAAAUGGACUAACGGUAGUUGGAGGGGCGCACAAGAAGGGCGCAACCGUAAGAGAAGUAAUGUCAUACGAUGAGGCGGAACUCAGUCUGUCGAGAUCCAGCCGGCCCAGGUCUAUAUCCAUCACUUCUGAAGAGACGCUCCAAAGUCAAAGCUCAUCUGUGGGUCCUUUGGACGGAGUUCAAGGGGAAGAGGAAGCCAGCGAAGGUCAGCAUUUUCGGAAAAAGUUACCAUCCUCGGCAUCUCUAUCAGACGAUGAAAGCGAUGACGAUGCCGCGUAUGGUGCUUUGCCAAGUUCUUCUGCUGAGGAAGAGGAAGAGGUUUCUCCGAUUGCCAAGUCUCGGAGUAGGCGGUUGUCAAGGCGGCAAAGACUCGAACUGCUUGGACAAGAAGAGGACGAAUACAUGGAGCGCCUGGAUCAAGAAGCUAGACGGCACGAAGAGUCGCGCUUGCUGAACAUGCUCAAUCACAGUGAGAGGCCGGUCAAGGAAGAAGAGGGACCGGACAUGGGAUCUCGUCCAAAAGUAGUGAGGAAGACUGUCGACGAUUGUACGGGUUGGUCGGCCAACUACCAAGCUGAAUGGGAGCGUUACGGUGCGAUCCUGCCUCCAGAAGCUUUUGCGGAGAGAGACAACCGUCGCAAAAGGAGGAAACUGGCUUGA